AUGACAACCUACCAAAAAUCAUUACCUACUGAAAAAGCGGUCUCCAUCGUCACCUUUCCGCCGCCAACACAUGAGAAGGAGUCAACUAAGAAUAAAACUUCUUCACUAGCCGUGGAAGAGAAUGAUAAUGCUGCUCUGGAAACGGGGAAAGCAAGUGGCGAUAAUCAUAGCAGAGAUGCAGGCCAUGUCUCGCUAUGUGUCCGCAUAAGUGUUUAUUCGGUUCUUAUUUUUAAUGCUAUACUAAUGGCAGCCAUAAUAAUAAUAUUGGGUAUACUGGUAAAAGUCAUGAAAAUGCGUGCGGCUCUUAUUUCUUGGUUUAUAAUAGAGUCUGCGUUUCGUCUAUCGGCCAUAUUUAUUACAGCCAGAAAAUCUUCCGCAAGUUAUGCAAUAACCCAUUCGCUGGGAAUAUUCCUAGGAAAAGAAUAUUACAUCACCUUGGUCAAUUCACUAUGGCCUUAUUCCGACCCAUUUGAUGCGAUUGUGAAUCGACCGGGCAUUAGGAUCGAUCUCGUAUGGAUAAAGCAAGGCUUCUGUUAUAUACUUUAUAGUCUCUUAGCUGGCAUCACGCUUUGGGUAGUGACCUGGAGAGAGUCCUCUCAUUCAAAGGAUUACAAGAUGUGGUUAGCUACAGCUGGUCUCGUUGCAUCUCUGAUUAAUAUUGUCAAUUAUUUUAUUGGCAUCGCCUUUGCAACAAGCAAGAGAGUGGUCGGCGGGCGGUCUUAA